AUGACCAUGUGUACGCCUUGUAUCCCCGUGUGUACAUGCGUUGGUGACUUGGUGCUGCAGGUGCUGGCCUGGCUGACCAUACUGGGGAAGGGCAACUGCUUUGCAAGCAUAUUCCAGAUGUCGUGGAUGAGCGCGAAGACCGUGCAGGGGGUGUUCCACAAGUUCUGCAGGCUCUUCGCACGGGAGAUGUACGAUGAACACAUUCACCUCCCGGCGGAAGAGAGCGGCAAGCUGCACCACGUCAUGAAGCAGUACGAUCGGCUUGGGUGCCCCUACAACCAAGCCCGUUCGUACACAGGCAAGGAUUGGUUUCCCACGAUCGCGUACCAGGUCACGGUUGAUCACGCUAGCCGGGCAAUUGCCGUGACUGAGGGUUUCACCGGCUCGACGAACGACAAGACCAUCGUCUGCUGGGAUGCCGCGGUGGAUAAGAUUCGGACGGACAAGCAGUACACGGAGAAGACGUUCGACCUGUACAACGAGGACGGCACGACGACGACGCUCAAGGGGUGCUACUUCCUAGAUGACAACGGGUACCACAAGUGGCAAAUCCUGAUCGAGCCCUCCAAGUACCCGCUGAGCGAGGACGACCUGCUCUUUUCGAAGAGGCUGGAGAGCGUACGCAAGGACGUGGAGUGCUUCUUCGGCAUCCUGAAGGGUCGCUUCAGGAUCCUCAAGCUCGCCAUGGCGUACCAGAGCCAGGAGCGCAUCGACAACGUGUUUUUCACGUGCUGCAUCUUGCACAACAUGCUGCACACCUUCGACGGCAUGGACCAGCUGGUGGAGAACACGAACUGGGUUAGCAGUGCUGGGGUGGGGACCACGUUGGCGACGGAGCCGGAGGCAGACUGUGGAUCUUUUGGGACGAAGGACGUCAACGACCAGCCUCAAUUGGAGAUCGGGCACACGGUGCGCAAGCGACAGCUCACCACGAGCUUCGCGUACCGCAAGAAGCACAAGAAGGACAUUGUCUGGCUUUCUAGGUAG